AUGGAUAAAAGUUGGAUGAAGAAGCAGAGGGGUUCAAGGGAAUAUAUUGAAGGUGUACUUAAAUUUGUGGAAUUUGCAUCAAAACAUGCAAGCGAUGGGAAAAUCUUUUGUCCUUGUACCAAAUGUGUGAAUAUGAAUUUGGUACUGCCAGGGGUGGCACGUGAACAUCUUUGGAGUAAGGGGAUGCUUCAAAAUUACACACUUUGGAAAUGGCAUGGGGAAUCGGCGGCUGUGCCAACUGCCACUGAAUGUGGGAGUAGUCAUGUCCAAGAGUCCUUAGAACAAUACGGUGACUUUCGUGGGAUGUUGCAUGAUUUGUGCCCCAUGCAUGGAAUGCCACCUGAACCAAUCGACGAAGGGGAAACUGUGCAACAACCGGCUCAAGGUCCAAAUGAUGGUGCACAAAAGUUUUACAAAAUGAUAGAUGAUGUGGACAAACCUUUAUAUGCUGGGUGUACAAAAUUUAGCAUAUUCUCAGCCAUCGUUGUGUUGUUCCAGUUGAAGACUCUUUGUGGUUGGACGAACAAGUCAUUUACUAUGUUGCUUCAACUCUUGAUGGAUAUGCUCCCUUCUGACGCUAAGUUGCCAAAGGACCAUUAUGAGGCUAAGAAAAUAGUUCGAGAUUUGGGUUUGGGGUAUGAGAAGAUCCAUGCUUGUCCCAAUGAUUGUAUGCUAUUUUGGAAGGAGAAUGUUAACCUCGAGGCAUGUCCUUGUUGCGAAGAAAGUAGGUGGAAACCGAAUGAGGCAUCUGUUACAAAUAAUAAUGCCUCAUCUAGUAAGGGAAAGAAGAAAGCUGCAAAGAUCCUACGCUGGUUAACCUCUAUGAAAUGGCAUGCUAAUGGUCGUACAGAGGACGGGGUAAUGCGGCAUCCUGCUGACUCGGAUGCAUGGAAAAUGUUUGACACUACGCAUUUACAGUUCUCGUCUGAGCCUUGUAAUGUCAGACUUGGAUUAGCUGCGGAUGGAUUCAACCCCUUCGAAAUGCUGAGGAUUGCAAUAGAUGUGUACUUGCAACCCUUAGUAGAAGAAUUGAGGGAAUUAUGGGAUGUUGGAGUAGAAGCGUACGAUGCAUCUUCAAAAAAUGUAUUCCAAUUGCAUGUAGCAUUGAUGUGGACGGUACAUGACUUUCCUGCAUAUGCAGAUGUGUCGGGUUGGAGUACGAAGGGUAAGUUUGCGUGUCCUUGUUGUGCCUCAGAGACCGACUCCAAAUAUUUAAAAAAUGGCUGCAAAUUCUGUUACAUGGGACAUAGGCGAUGGUUGGGUAGUGACCACGAAUUUCGGAAAGAAGAUACUUUAUUUGAUGGAUUCACUGAUAUGCGAGUGGCUCCUGUGCCACCAGUUGCGUCAGACAUAAUUGUGGACACUGAAACUUUAGUUACACGUUGUCUGGGAAAGAAAUGUCGAGAAAAAUACAACAAAAGAAAGAGAGGUGAGGCAAACCAGUGUGUUUGGAAGAAGAGAAGUAUUUUUUUCACAUUGCCUUAUUGGAAGGAUCACAAGUUGCGACACAAUCUUGAUGUGAUGCAUAUAGAGAAGAAUGUGAUGGACAAUAUACUUGGCACUUUGUUGAACGUGAAGGACUAG